CUGGUUGAAUCGCAUUUUAGGAGGAUGUGCAUGUACAACCGCUCGAAUGGAUUUAGUCCCCAGCGUCGACGCGUCGGGAAAUGUGACGUCUGAAUGCAAAGAGUAUUGGGCGUUUAUAAUCCAAGAAAUCAGAUGGACUGAACUCGCUAGCAGCUGGAGAUAUCCAUGCACAGCUCUUUGUACAGCCCUGGGGCCGUCCCGUGGCGGAUGCACAGCACAAUUCAAUGUUCGACGUACUCCGACGCAACAAACGUUACGCAUCAAGGAGACCGAGCGUCUUACUGACUGUCCGCCGAAAGAGGCAGCUUCCAGUUGCACGGGGGUCGUACCAGAUGCUUCCAGACAGCAUUCAACGCGCAGCUUCGCCACGCACGAUACGGGCACCGGUAUGGUGGCCACUGCAGCGCAGCUAGUGGCAGGGGGAGCGCAAUACGGCGGGAUGGAGGACGGUGCACGGGUGAGGCCCUGACCGCUUCGACAGCCAAGACCACAUCUGUGCCGUCGGACUUAACGCAUAUACGUUUCAUGGCAAGAGGAGCACGCUCUGACUCAGUACGAUGC